UGUUAACCCAUUGGUUUAUCAAGUGAAUAAAUAAACCGGGAUUUUCCGGUUUGCACAGCUUCGUUUCUUCCCUCCCAUUUGUCAUCUUAUCUUCUGCAAUUACUGGUAAAGUGAGCAAUCCGUUAAUCCCUAGAGAAACUGUAAUCGUCUCGUUGAUUCGGAGAAAUUUUUCUGGUUCCGCGGAAAAUGUCACUAACCCAGAUCGUGAAUCCUAUCAUAUAUCCAUCUCGCACAAUUCCACGGCGUUUCACGGCGAUUUCACCUUUUCAAACCCUAAACCCCCAAUUUUCCCGCCACCCACCUCACGCACUGUCUCGGAGACUCUUCCUUCCUUCUGUUUCCUCGAUAUGGGAUGCCAUAACCGGUGGUGGAGACUCGAACCCCCGUGAGGCCAUUGCAGCGGUUCGACGCGGAAUGCAGCUCUUCAGACAGGGUGAUGUUGCUGGAUCGGUGGCAGAGUUCGAUAGAGCAAUCGUUUUGGAUCCCAGGCAAAAGGCAUAUCUUUGGCAACGCGGGCUUUCUCUUUACUAUGUAGAUAGGUUUGAAGAAGGUGCAGAGCAGUUCCGGAUAGAUGUUGCUCAGAACCCAAAUGAUACAGAGGAGUCCAUUUGGUGCUUUAUCUGCGAGGCUCGGCUCCACGGUGUUGAUGUUGCACGAAAACAGUUUCUCGAGGUUGGUAGAGAUUCUCGGCCUGUGAUGCGGGAAGCUUAUAACCUAUUCAAGAAUGGUGGUGAUCCUGAAAAGUUAGUUAAUGACUUCUUGAGCGGUCAAGCAAGCGAAUACUUCUACGCUUCGCUGUACGCAGGGCUCUACUAUGAAGCUGAGGGUAAAUCAGAAAACGCAAAGUUUCAUAUAACCGCGGCUAGUGGAUCUCCAUAUGGGCAGAGGUCUGACGAUUAUAUGGCUUCACUUGCUAAAGUUCACUGCCUUAGUAGAAACUGGAGCUCAGGUAUUGUUUGAACCUGUUCAUGGUUUUGUGGAGCCAAACAUUCUUAGUUUUUAAGGCCCAAUUUGUGAUAUAUCAGCCCAAUUAAAAGUUGGACCUCGGUCUGUGAUUUCUGAAGUUUAAUUUAUGGGACCUGAAAAAAGAAAGGAAAUUACUCAAUUAGUAAGCUCUUAGAGAAUGUUUGGUCUUUUACUAUUAUCCCUCCUUGUAAGGUACAUAGAUGAUAGAAUAGAACUAUAGAUGUUUGGAAUGAAUUUUAAUUUAGCGGUUUA